GUUCGACCAAUCACGAGCGAACAAAUAUCAAAAUUGAUUGUGAGAGCAAACGUCACAAACACUCAUUAUCAAAAUUCAAUCGUAAUGUGACAUCUGAUCUAGAGAAUUAUAUUUUGAAAAACAUGUCUUUAUCUUUUAUACAUAUUCUAUAAUAUUUAACAAUAACAAUUAUUUGUUUAUUUUGAUGUAACAUAAGAUGGAAGCAGUACCUGUGACUUUGAUUGUGAAGGCACCAAAUCAACAGAUAGAAGACCAAACCAUACAAUGCGAACUAUCGUGGACGAUAAAAAAGCUAAAAGGGUAUCUCUCAGAAGUUUAUCCUAGCAAGCCUAGUACGGAAGAACAGAAACUUAUCUAUUCGGGCAAGUUGUUAUCUGACACUGUUGUUCUGAAAGAUAUAUUACGUAGAUAUGAAGGUCAAGAUACCCAUACUGUUCAUUUAGUUUGCAUUCCCAAAAAUGACAAUAUUAAAGUGAAGACAAAAUGUCAGACAAAAGGUCCAGUAAUUGAUCCAAUACCAACGAAUCAAAGAGAAAAUGCAAGUACCACUUACCAGAGAAUUUUGUCAAAUAGUAGCACUAGUUCAUCGAGUGAAGCGAUAAAUCAACAGUAUGGACAGAGGAAUGAUUUGGCUAAUACACAGCCAGUGCCCCAAUGGAAUAAUGUUAAUGGAACACCAUCAAACCAAGUUGUUGUACAAAAUCUGUUAUGGUUGAACCAAGUUUAUACACAGUAUAUAACACAAUAUAUGCAAAUAUUACAACACGGAAUGGUUCCAGAAAAUGCUUAUCUUCAAAUGCUGCAGACGAAUUCCAUAAAUAUUCAAUCAAAUUCUCGGAUUUCUGAAAAUGACACAGCUCCACAAGCCCCAAAUGAUCCUGAAGUUGAGCAAGCUGCUGCUGCUGCUCCAAUAAAUGCUGUUGGUGUUGGUAUACCGGCUGAUGAAGUUGAGGGUGAACGUGAUUGGCUGGAUUGGUUUUAUUUCUUGAGCAGAAUAAUGGUCCUUUUUAGCAUUGUCUAUUUCUAUAGUUCACCAAUCCGAUUUUUAGUUGUCCUCAUACUUGGAACUCUUGUACAUUUGUAUCAAAUAGGAUUCUUUAGAAACGUUAUGGCGGAAAUUCACAACGAAAACAAUAAUGCACCAAAUGCAAAUGCUCCAAAUAAUAAUGAAAUUGUAGACAAUAUUGAUCAAAACCAAGAGACUCCUACUUUUAGUACACAUACCAGCACAACUCAACAGAUUACCCCAAAUGAUGAUCGACCACAUUUAUUCACAAUAUUGUGGACAUUUGUGAGGGCAUUUUUCCAAUCACUAAUACCAGAAACACCAAAUGCUAUAUGAAUGUGAUAUAUUCUUUCUUUAAAUUAAUUCAUACUAUAUUAUAUAAAGUAUACUGAACGUUUUACUUUAAUUGUAAAUAUUGUGAUAUUACUAAUAUAUUCGGGCUUACUGGAUUAGCUAGAAACAACAAAUCUGAUCCAACAUUUGCUAUAUUUUGUAAAUAACUAUAAAUAAAUGUAAAUAUGUAUAUACAUACAUGUAUGUAUCUGAUGCAUACGUGUAUAAAUGUGUAAUGGCAAUUAAUGGCAAACAGAUCUGCCUAAUUUGAAAUUCUUGUAUUAUAAGUAUGUUAAAAUAUUCUGUUUAAAAUGAGUAGCCAAGCAAAUAAAUUUGGUAUAUAAAUAUAAUAGGUACCAAUAAAAUAUUCCAUUGUAUUUUUUGGCCUUAUAUUUAUAGUAAUAAGUUCAGAAUUGUUUGCAGUGUUUAUAAUUUUAUUAAUUUAAUUUCUUCAGAGUUAUGAAAUUUUAACAAGUGUUUAAUAAUGUUAGUCAUUUAGAGCAAAAAAUUGUAUUUAAGUAAUGGCAAUAAAAAUGUUUUUAUUAA